AGUUAGGCCGGGCGGGGGCGAAAAUCCAGGCAUCCCACCUUGCCUCCCCGGUCGGGAGCCACAGGACCAGGUUAGUGCAUCAGCUUCGAGGGCUCCUCUGGAUACUGGGACCCCCACACCAUGCCCUCACUUUUGCCCAAUGCUCCAGAAAUAUCUCACUCGUGUGCCCCCCUUCCCCAGUGUUGAGUCCAAACCUGGCGUGUGCACACACCUAGACUGGGCUCGUUUUGGGGGUAGGGGAUGGGGGUGAGGGGUGCCACCCAUAGGGCCGGGAAAGCUAGGGUUUGUUUCCCCGGGCGCCUGGGAUACGGAAUGGGUCCCGCCCCGAGGUCGGGGCGGAGGGGCCGGGGCUGCCACCUUCUGUCCACAGGUCUGCACGUAAGCGCACCCCAUCAGCGCCAUGGGCUCGGACGUCUGGGUCGGCUCGUGGCGGCCACACCGGCCCCGCGGCCCCAUCGCGGCGCUCUACAGCGGGCCGGGGCCCAAGUACAUGCUGCCACCAAACACCGGCUACCGCCUGCACGACCCCUCGCGGCCCCGCGCCCCAGCCUUCUCCUUCGGCGCCCGCCUGCCCACGCAGCAGACAUCGUACGGCCCCGGGCCCAGCCACCUGGUGCCCUCCGGCAUGACCGUGCGCGGCCCCGACGGCUCCCCCGCCUACUCCAUCUACGGCCGCCUGCGCCACACGGCGCCCGACCUCACUCCCGGACCCGGCAGGUACUUCCCGGAGAACGCGGGGAAGGCGACCUACCCUAGCGCACCGCGGCACACCAUCGCGGCCCGAACCUGGGGCUCCCAACUGAAUCAGCAGACCCCAGGCCCCGGGGCCUACACGGUGCCCUCACUCCUGGGCCCGCGCGUCGUGGGUAAGACCUCGGCCCCAACGUACUCCAUCUAUGGCCGAAGUGCAGUGGGAAGCUUCUUCGAGGACCUCAGCAAGACUCCUGGGCCCUGCGCCUACCACGUGGUCAACCCUGGAAUUUACAAGCCUCGGGCGCCCCAGUUCUCCAUGCUGGCACGGACUUCACUCCCUCAAGACAAUACCCAGAAGCCUGGACCCGCAGCCUACAACGUGGACCAGCACCGGAAGCCUCAGGGCUGGAGCUUCGGAAUCCGCCACUCGGACUACCUGGCCCGGAUGACGACCGAAAAGGAUUACUGACCCGCCGGGCGGGCGUGGCCCCCACAAAUGUUUGCUUAAAGCUUCGGGAGCCA